AUGGCAGAAAAACCUUCGACUCACACAAAGAUGAUAGAACCAUCUUCACCUCUUUACCUACAUCCAUCUGAUAAUCCAGGGGCAACCAUCACGACAUGUGUGUUCAAUGGUGAAAAUUAUGAUAUGUGGGAGAAGGCUGUUAAAAAUGCAUUGAGAGCAAAAAACAAGCUUGGGAUCAUUGAUGGUACAGUAAACAAACCAAAGGGAGAAGAUGGAAACAAAUUGAAUGCAUGGGAAGCAUGUAACUCGAUGAUUAUAUCAUGGAUGUUUAAUGUGAUCGACAAGAGUUUACAUUCGAGUGUAGCCUAUGCGUAG